UCUGUCCAGAUGGAUUUCCAACUGAAUAAAAUUGCCCUGCACACGUUUUUGCUUCCUCCUGCCAAGGAGAGGACCACACCCCCCAAUUCCCUGUGCUCUAGCUGCCGGCUGGUAUCUACAGUGGCCCCUGGGGCUGAGGCCUGGUUGCCUGGAGACCACAGGCUCGUCGCGAUGCCCCUGCACAAGUUCCCGGUGGGUGUGUGGAAGCAGCUCCGGCUGCGGGAGGGCAUCUGCUCCCGCCUGCCCCAGUCCUACCUGCGCUCCCUGGAGGAGGAGCGGACGCCCACCCCCGUGCACUACAGGCCGCACGGGGCCAAGUUCAAAAUCAACCCCAAGAACGGGCAGCGGGAGCGCGUGGAGGACGUGCCCAUCCCGCUUCACUACCCCGCGGAGUCCCAGCGCGGGCUCUGGGGCGGCGAGGGCUGGAUCCUGGGCCACCGAUAUAUCGACAACGACAAGCUCUCGAAGAGGGUGAAGAAGGUGUGGAAGCCACAGCUGUUUCAGCGUGAGCUCUACAGUGAGAUCCUGGACACGAAGUUCUCUGUGACCGUGACCAUGCGCACCCUGGACCUCAUCGACGAGGCCUAUGGGUUCGACUUCUACAUCCUGAAGACCCCGAAGGAGGACCUGUGCUCCAAGUUCGGGAUGGACUUGAAGCGAGGCAUGCUGCUGCGGCUUGCCCGACGAGACCCUCAGCUGCACCCCGACGACCCCGAGAGGAGGGCAGCCAUCUAUGACAAGUACAAGGAGUUUGUCAUCAAGGAGGAAGAAGCCGAGUGGGUCGGCCUGACGCUGGACGAGGCUAUGGAGAAGCAGAGGCUUCUGGAGGAGAAGGACCCUGUUCCUCUGUUCAAGGUCUACGUGAAGGAGCUGAUUGAGCGGCUUCAACAACAGGCUCUGUCUGAGCCAGUGGUGGUGCAGAGGAGAGCCAGUGGGAAGUGACUGCAUAGUGACUGACCCGUGCCUGACAGCCAGGCUCAGCGUCCCCUGUGGUCCCAUGGCCACCCCUCUGCCCUUUGGCACCAUGGACACAGUCUUGGGUGGUGGCGAGAGCCACUUGUGGGCAGUGAGUGAACCAUUCUGGUGUGUGCUGGCCACGCAGCUCCUGGGUGGGGUGGGCUCCGUGGGGGCCCUAAGGGAUCCCAGGAUCCCCAGAGGCCUGGGGCUGUCUCACUGCCUCUAAGGUCUCCCACCCCCCUCGGCGGAGGCCCAGCCGAGGCAGUGUCACCACAUGGGGACAGCAAGAGUAAAGUCUGAGCCGGGCGGUGUGUGUGCUGCUUUGCUUGGAGGAUCAGA